AUGAGUAAAGAAGAGCUUUUGAAGGUGAAGACUAGUGUAUUGAAGGUGAACAUACAUUGUGAUGGCUGUAGGCGCAAGGUGAAGAAAAUCCUGCAAAAGAUUGAAGGGGUUUACACCAUAAAUAUAGACGCAGAGCAGGGAAAGGUGACUGUGUCAGGGGAAGUAGACUCGGCCACGCUGAUCAAGAAGCUCGGGAAAAACGGGAAGCAUGCGGAGCUUUGGGCCCCGAACCCCAACCAGAAGGGUAAUCCGGCCCAGCUCAAUGCCCAAUUGAAGAACAUGCAAAUUGACGGUGGUGGCAAGGGCGGAAAGAAGGGCGGCGGCGGCGGCGGCGGCGGUAAUCACCAGCCCAAGGGUGGAGCGCAACAGCAGCAGAACAACCAGCUGCAGCAGCAACAGAACAACCAGCUGCAGCAGCAGCUGAAGGCUCUCCAGGAUCUGAAGCUGCUCCAGAUGAAGGAUCCGAAACUGAUGCAACCAAACCCGAAGGCUGUGAAGUUAAACUUACCGCAGGAGGAGGAGGAUCUGAGCUACGAUGAAUUGGAUGAGUUUGAUGAGGAUGAGGACUUUGACGAUGAUUAUUUGGACGAUGAGAUGGAUGAAGUCCCUCAGGUUCCGUUCAAUAAGAUGAAGCCUGUCAUGGGUAAUGCUCAGAUGCCUAAUAUGAUGAUGAAUGGGCUUAUGAAUGCUCAGGCCAAGGGCGGCCCCGGCGCCGGAGCAGGCGCAGGCGGAAAUGGGAAGAAGGGUGGGGGCGGUGGUGGUGGUGGAAAUGUGCCGAUUCAGGUGAAUGAUGGAAAGAAUGGUAAUGGUGGGAAGAAAGGCGGUGGAGGUAAUGGGAACAAUGGUCAAAAUCAGGGCGGCGCCGGCGGUGGCAAGAAUGGAGGCAAAAAUGGUGGUGGCCAAACCCCGGAGGGUAAAAGUGGCAAUAAUGGCGGUGGAGGUCAGAGCAAGAAUGCCAAUAAUGGCCAAGGCGGAGGUGGCGGUGGUGGCAGUGGCGGAAAGAAAGGCGGUGGGAUGAACGGUGGUGUUCAGGGAUGCCCAACUUGGGCAAUGGGUUCCCUGGCAUUGGCAGUGGCGGUGAUGGGCCAAAUGCCAGCUGUCCAAGGGCUUCCGGCUCCCGCCAUGAAUCCCAGUGCUGGUGCGGGUGCUGGCGGCGGUGGAUACUUCGGUGGAGCGGGACCUGAGGUCAUGGCAGGUAACCCUUACUAUCAGCAGCAAUUGGCGGCGAUGAUGAUGAACCAACAACGGGCGAACGGCAACGAGAGGUUUCAGCCGAUGAUCUACGCCCGGCCGCCACCAGCCGUCAAUUACAUGCCUCCUUACCCGUACUACCACCCCUAUCAACCCGACCCGUAUACCCAUGCGUUCAGCGACGAGAACACCUCAAGCUGCAAUGUGAUGUGA